UCUCCCUGUCAACAUAUUCUCCGUCUGCUAGGAGAAUAGCAGUGCGCCAGAUGACCAGGACUCCCGCUGCUUUUGCAGUCGCCGUUAUAGCCCUCACGAGCUCCACCAGUAGCGCUGUGCGCGACCGUGGAGCCGACAACAGUCAAAUAGAAUGAAAAGCUGCUGCCAGAAAAGUCCGUUAUUGGUGUUCGAUUUUAGGCAAAGCAACAGACUCUCACAGGAAAAACGAGCCUUUGAAAAGAGAUACCCGAAAAGUGUACCUAGACAUUAGACACGGGACUGGUGCAUCGUACAAAGCGGACAGACUGAUCAUCACGGAAAAAAGACUGUGUACACCGACAGGUGUAUUAGUUCGCAUUGACGAUGGGUGAAUUAGAUCCACUAUUCACAAAGGCGCUUCGACUCUUGCAUUCGCGUUCACGGGAGUCCGUGGAUCAGCUCGCGCAGUUAAUUGAGGACGUAGCAGCGCAAAGACACAAUAGCGGAGGUGGUCAACCUCAGGCUGCCGUGAUGGCUAUGCUUAAGGUGCCACCUCAACAAAGCCACCAACAACAUCAUCGUUCGGCCGUUUUAGGAGCUCCCUCUCACGCAACGCAACAGCCCGCUGCGCACCGUGACGAGCGUAAGAAAUCUGGCAGUUCCUCAUCAUCAUCAUCAUCAUCGUCGUCGUCGUCGUCGUCUGAACACAAGCGGAGCGGUGAUCGUGACCGGGACCGCGAUCGGGAGCGCGAUAAAAUGAAGGAACUCAUGAACAAAAAGCCUUCGGCAUCAUCGUCUUCAUCAUCGGCGGGGGCAUCAUCGAUGUCUGUUUCAUCUGCGACUCUCAUGGCGUCGUCGAGUGGGCCCGGCAGCACUGGCCUGGGGAUUCAUGGUGGGAGCAUAAUCUCCAGCUCGAUAUCAGCGGGUUCAGCUAGUACGACCCUUAUGCCAACAUCGCCUUCAGCUAAAGCGCUCCCACAAGGCACUCUUACCCGGCCGCCAUCCGCGUCAUCGAAAUCGUCGUCAUCGAAUUCAUCGUCGUCAUCUUCAUCAAGCAAAUAACACCAAAGUGUGCUUAUUCUUACCUUACUGAACAUAUACGAUACUAUUUCAUAUUGUGACAUGUAAUUUUUUGCCAAUGGCAAUUGGUUAUAUAUUACUUCUUAGUAGGCUAAGUACUAUUAGUCCGACCCAUCACAGUGCAGUGGCUCUACGACUAUACAUUAUGACAUAUGCAUGUGUACUAAAUUAACCUUGUAUCUAGGCACAGCGAGUUCAAAGAAGGUAAGAAAUAUUAUUGUCUAACGAUUUAAUAUAAAAUAGAAUAAAAUGUAAAUAUGCGAAUCGCAAUAAUAUUAAAUUGUACGGAAAGUAUCCGAUGUGGGUAACUGGUCUAGCUACAACGCGCAUGUCUAGUGCAAGAAAAGAUCGUUUGACCAAAAUGUCGUAAGAGAGAUGUAUGAAAAAUACAAAACACGUACAUUUUUUACAAAAGAUUCACCACUAGCUUUGAAUCCGAGGCAGUUGUACUCUGUUGGGCAUAUGUACACAAUGUGUAAAUAAAGCAUUCAUUCCUUGUAACACAUUUAUCGGUUCGUAGAAUUUCUGUAAAUAAGAAUGCAAAAAAUAUCAGUAUCAGGCGGCGAACUAGAAGAGACGAGAUCAGAGGUUAAUACAGUGCAUAGAAGCAUUUUUGCCAUUUUCUUCCGUCGUUAGUACCUCAGCAUUAAUUCGAGUCGGUCAGCUUUACUGAAUGCUGAAGUAAUUUACAAGGUAACACUCACGAGACUUUUACUUUAGUAUAUUCAAAGUAUUGACGCAUUACUGAUAUUUAAUUCAAUCUCCUGUGUACAGCCACGGUAAUUAACAAAAUAAUUUAUUAUUAGACCUACCAAUCACGUUUGAAAAGGAAAUUUGUGAAACUUAUUUGAUUUUAUCGAUAUUUUUCAGGUUUAAGUUUUUCAGGUAUAUUUUCCCAUACCAUGCAUUUACGGUUCAACAAAUAAACUGACGUUAACGUAACGCAUGCAGUAACCGUCCGUUUUCCUUGACACUAACACACAAUGCUCUUCUUUUGAGCUGCACCGCUGUGCAGUCUUCAUUCAGAUUCUGAUUUAUGAUUACAGUAUUUCUAGCCGAACUUUACGCUGACUACUCUUUGAAUACAACCAAAAAAUCCAAAAAAUAAGUACACCUCUCAGCUUAAUAAUAUACAUUUUAUUUAAACAAGCACAUCUGAACCCAGCAAUAUUCCUGUUUAUUUGUCCGUCUCCGAGUGCCUCAUAGAUCUAUUUUAUACAGAUUCAAAAGACCUUUGGUACACAACAAGGAGACUUGAAGACCUUGUGUACACCGAUUACAAAUGUCUAUAUACGUGUGCUUGUCUAUGUACAAUAUGUAUAUUGUAUAUAUGUGCUUAGGAUGCAGGAAAAUAAAUUUGGUUGCCAACAUCUCUACAAUUUUGUACAUUUCAUAAUUCGUCUAAUGCCCUGGUGUACCUAUGGCAAGCUGCGGCAAGCCGAUUACAUCAGAUAAACGAUGCUUUUUACUUAAUUGUUGAUAUUUGUUAAAAUUUAAUUAUUGACGUGCAUCAGGCUGAUUUAUUCUCCGCCUGCCAUACACGAGCAAUCGGACCAGGUCAUUCGUAGCCCAGCGAAUUUCUAAAUACAACCAAAUUUGUAUGACAGGGAUGCAAGCAUCCAUAAACUGAUGCCAUUGUGGAAAAAAUUGUUAAGCUAGAGGUUUUUCAAACAAAUCAGCAAAAAUAUGUUCGUAUGAAAGGUUCUCCUUAUAUCGUAGUUUUUUUUUUAUUAGGUUAGACAUUUUUGAAAUGGUCAAGUGAUAUGCCCGUGAAUA